AAAAAUUUGAAAGUUGAUCAAAGCAUCCAUACUGCUUAUGUGCAAACCACUUGGUUCCCAUGGAGUUGGCUUUGAAAAUUGCUGGUAAGAUCAGUGUAAAUGAUCGUUUUUCUGUAUAUAUAGUUAUACCAAUGUGGCCAGAGGGUGUUCCAACAAGUGCUGCUGUUCAAGAAAUCUUGUUCUGGCAGGGACAGACAAUGUCUAUGAUGUACAAGAUUAUUGCUGAUGCCCUUGCAAAAGCAGGUCUCUCUGAUAAGUAUCAUCCACAAGAUUAUCUCAAUUUUUACUGCCUUGGAAAGAGAGAACCCCCAAGCUCAAAUGUUUCUCCAACGUCAAGUCCAUCUGAUAACCGCGCUUUGAACUUCCUCUCCUGGGUGGGCUAUGUUCUCCUCUGGUUCCGAGGCCAAGGUUUCGCCGAUCACUUGACGAAGAAAGGGACCAGUGGAUGCGAAUCGAUUACCAACUUGUUCGCCUGCUAUGGCAAUCCAUCCACCCUACAUUACUGGUUCACUUCCGUUCCUACAGCUCCUGCUGCGACCUCUGGAACCAGCUCAUGCCGCGACGUCGGCGAGCUGCUCGCGCACAUUGUUCGUGUAUGUGGAUCUUUGUGUUGGCCUCUUUUAUGUGGUCCGUGUGUAUGUGGACACCUUUGUGUAUGGCUUUAAUGUAUGAAUAGUCAAUCACAUCGUACAAAUGGAUAAAUAACAUAAAAAGUGAGUAGAAUGUGGAAUUUUAUAUCUGUAAAAUGUUCAUAUACUUUAUCAUUUUCAGCCACGCUUGAAUUGAUGUC